AGUUAUUUAGAAGAGUAAUUGUUGCUUGUGUUAUUUAAUAAUUACAAAACAAUAAUGAGUAUUUUCUCAUUUUAUAAUUCAGAAUGUGUAUUGUAGUAUCUCUUUUUGAGUUGGCUUUUAAUAUUUUCCGAAAUAAUUUGCAGCUAUUAAUUUACUACAAGAAUCAAAAUGCAAAAUUCAAUGAUACUCCCAUAUUGACUCAUGUAUUGUGUGAACAUUUCCUUAAUCAUCCUCCUUUUGAUCUUCAUCCUGACAUUCUGCAAAUUUUUUUCCAAAAUGGAAUCAAAACUGUGUCUUUAAGUUUUUAUGAACAUAAUCUUCCAUUAAAUGACAUUGGAAAAAUUUGUGAGGGGAUCAUAAAUAUGGAUUUAUCUUUUUCUAAAAUUUCCGAAGAGAAUCUUCAAGAAUUAAUUAAACAUCUUCCAAAUAUUAUAACUCUUACUUUGACUUAUACAGAAACCACAGAUCAUAUAAUGAAAUGUAUAGCAAACUGCUGCUCUUGUUUAGAAUAUUUAGAUGUUUCAGAUUGCAAAGUUACAGAUUUUGGUUUCCGUUUAUUUGCCAAAGAAGGGAAAUGCGUACAUUUGAAGAAAUUAAUUAUUCAAAAUUUAAGUAUUUCAUCUGAUUCAAUAGUUUCAUUGUUGAAAAAGUUUCCUUUACACAAAUUACAAACUGAACCAAAAAUAUUGGAAAGAGCAAUUUAUCAAUAUUUAAAUUACAAUUCUCAUCAACUACAUCUUAGAAAGCUACAGUUGAUUAGAAUUCAGAAUAUAAGAGAUUUAAUAUUAGUACUGAGUAUUUUCUCUCAUCUAGAAUCAUUGUUUAUUCAUAAACCUCUUCUUAUGAACCAUCAUAUCCCAUAUAUUCCGCAAUUUAGCCAUUUGAAAAGAUUAUCUUUAGUGUCGUCAAAAACAGAAAAAUCAUUAAAAUUUGAAGAAGUUUGCCAAUUUCUUUCCGUUUCAGGCAAGGUUUUAAAAGAACUGAGAUUAGAUAAUUUUGAAUAUGUAAAUAUCUAUUUGGUUGGUAUCUAUUGCAAUGAACUCCAAAUAUUGGAACUUGUCUCAAUUCUUCAUCUUUAUUUUAAGAAUACACUUUCUACUUCAAUUAAUUCACUAUUUAAGAGUCUUAAGUGGUUUAGAAUGGAAAAUUUUCUAAAUAAUCCAUGGAAUGAUUGCUUGUUAAAUGUAUUCAAAAGUUGUACUGACUUGCAACAUUUAUUUAUGACAUCAAUGGCCUGUUUAGACAGGCUACUAUUACUGGAAAUUGCUCCUUAUCUAAAGUCAUUGAGAACCUUUAAUGUAAUCAACUGCGAAAACUUUAAUAAAUGUGCAGUUUAUACAGUCUUUGAUGUAUUUCCUGAGCUAAGUUGUUUCUGCUUGAAAAGCAAGAAGAAAAUUUUAUCCCAGCAAGAAGAAGCAAUAUUAAAGAUAAAACUAAUGCCUAGAAUGCAAUUUUAUUACCAUUAUGAAUGUUGGAGAGAUACAUACACUUCAGAUGAUAUGAGUGUUGAUAUUGAAGAAUUGAGUUUUUUCUAAAUUGGUUUAUAUA